AUGCAGCGAAGCGGACGGCUUCCCCCCAGUCUCUCCUCACUCAGACUGACUGGCCACUCAGGCUCGCUUUUAAUUGGACUGCACGGAGCAUGCGCACAUGGUGAACCACUGCCAGGACAACUGUUAUAGCUAAACCAAGGAAUAACCUGCAGACGCAUGGUUUUCAUCAAGGUACCUCCAGCCAUGCCAUAUAUUAAAACACCUAAAAAAAAUCCGCCAUUCUCAACACUGUUGGAUAUUAAGUCACAGAAAUGUGGACUGCGGGGCACAGUUUUCUCGGUCGGUGGAAACGAAUACACUGGAGAGUGGCAGGACAACAAGAAGCAUGGAAAGGGAACUCAGGUUUGGAAGAAGUCUAGUGCCAUCUAUAAUGGAGAGUGGAAAUUCGGAAAACGUGAUGGAUAUGGUACCUACAGUAUACUACUCCCAGGAACAAGAGAGUAUGAAAGGAGGUACUGCGGAAGAUGGAAAAAUGGAAAGAAGCAUGGGUAUGGGACUUACUUCUACAAUAACUCAGCAGUUUAUGAAGGGGAGUGGAAUGAGGACCAUAAGAGUGGCUGGGGAAGAAUGUACUAUGAGAAUGGAGAUAUCUACGAGGGAGAGUGGAUGAGGGAUAAGAAUCACGGGCAGGGCAUCAUUCGAUUUGCAAAUGGAAACUGGUAUGAAGGCACCUGGCAAGAUGGCAAGAAGAACGGUAAUGGAAAGUUCUACUAUUGUGACAAAGGCCAGCUUUAUGAAGGCUUCUGGGUGGACGGGGUAGCAAAAUGUGGGACCCUGUCUGAUUUUGGGAGGGAUGAAGCACCAACCCCCACGAAGUAUCCAAUUCCACAGAUACAACUGGUGGAUAUGCAGUUGGUUUUAAGGGAAGCCCAAUCAGCCUACCUUGAUCAGUAUGGAUGAACAACAAGAAGAGGAUCAACAGCAAGUUUCCACCCCUUCACACAAACAGACAAACAGUAAAAGAAGAAGUGGAAAUAUGGUAUUCAGCAUCCUCCGUUUGUCAAAAUAAUUGCACCCUAAUCAUUUCUUGUUUGCCGUGGAGCAAACCAAAAUCACCUGAUAUUUCAAAUGUGUUGAAAGCAAAAGUGAUAAAAUUUAACACGUUAAUCCCAUCUACUACUUAUUAAGCAGAUGAUCAAACACCUGUGAUGAUAAUAAAAGGCUUGCUGCUAACUGUCUAUCACAUUAUGGAACUGUUAAAAAUCUAGGGUUCUUAACAUAUCAUCAAACUAUCUAUGUGAAGAAAAAUAGCUAAUGAUAUGUCUAAUUACCACAUUCACUACAUCAGACCUGUUUGAUAGUAAUGCAAACACACAACCAAAGGCUAUCAAAGCUGGACAUGUGAUAAAUUCACCACUAGAAAUAUCCAAAUGACAAUACUCUUAUUUUUUUUGUUGUAGUGGCUGUUCAAAUUUUAGGCUUUACUGUAUUUUCUAU